AGAAGGCAACUAAAUUAUUUUUCGGUGUUUAUGCAAAAAAAUUGAUGCAAAAAAUAUCGUGAAUUUGACCAAGAGUGGAUUUGUUUAAUAAAUCAAAUGAUGAUGGAAGUGGCACCAACCACUGAUUUGGUAUAUCAAGGGAUAUGUACGCUUUUUCACAAUACCAAUCCCAGAGAAAAGGAAAAAGCUAGUAAAUGGCUAGAAGAAUUUCAGAAAUCUAUUUACUCAUGGACUAUAGCCGAUGAACUGCUGCAACAAAAACGGGACUUGCAUUCAUGUUAUUUCGCUGCUCAGACAAUGCGUAAUAAAAUUCAAAAUUCAUUUAAUGAAUUGCCGCCCUCCUCGCAUGAAUCGUUACGUGACUCUUUGAUAACUCAUAUAGGACAAAUAACCAUUGACACCGACAAUAUAAUAGUAACACAAUUAUGCUUGGCUUUGGCUGAUUUAUCUUUAUUGAUGGCGUCGUGGAAGCAGCCCAUUUUAGAUUUACUAGAUAUGUUAUCACCGCAGCCGCAGUCGAUGUGGCCGCUUUUAGAAAUUCUUACAUUAAUACCGGAAGAAAUGGAUUCGCGGUAUUUGCGUUUGGGAGCGAACCGACGUGAAGAGGUACAUUUGCAGUUGGAAGCAGCCGCUCCAAAAGUAAUGGAAUAUCUUUGCAUGUGCAUGCAUGUAAGCGAAACUAAUCAAGAGAAAAUAUUAAAUGCGACCCUACGUUGCUACAGUACCUGGGUGGCUAUACACGCCAUACGUCUGCAGCAAUCAGCACAAAAUCCGCUAACGCAACAAGUCUUCAAAUUGCUAAGCAUGGAAAGCACUUCGCGCAAAUUACACGAUACCGCUACCGAAUGUAUGUGCGCCUUGCUCAGCACAAGCUUAGAUCCUCAGUUUAAAUUGCAAAUAUUCAAUUGCAUUUGCAUGCUGGAGCCAGCCUAUCAUACUAGUGUGGGUACCGAGGACAUAGAUAAGACGAUGAAUUAUUGCCGUAUAUUUACUGUACUGUGCGAAGCGUUCUUCUUCGAAAUGCUUCAAAGUGAUGAUAUGCCGCAUUAUUCAAUAAAAGGUCUGGAUUUAGUGUUAAUUUGUGUAGGGCAUUUCGAUUAUGAGGUGGCUGAGAUAACGUUCAACUUAUGGUACAGUCUUAGCGAGGAGUUAUUUCAACGGAAUAAUGAUACACUAACAGCGCAUUUUAAGCCUCAUAUAGAGCGUUUAUUGGGUGCUUUAUAUCGUUUAGCGCAAAUGGAGUCCGAUCAGGAAGGUCUACUAGAUGAAAACGAUAGUUUUAGUGACUUUCGUCGAAAGGUUUCCGAUCUAAUAAAGGAUGUUGCAUUUAUUGUGGGUUCGGGAGCGUGUUUUAAACAAAUGUUUUUGCUAUUGCAGUCGCCAGGGACCACGUGGGAGUCAACAGAAUCGGCAUUGUUUAUCAUGCAAAAUGUAGCCAAAAAUAUUAUACCAGAUGAAAACGAAAUUAUUCCCAAAGUUGUGGAAGCUAUACUUAAUCUUACAGAUAAGACUCAUAUAGCCGUGCGCUAUACUUCGAUUAUGUUGCUUGGCGAAUUAUGCGAUUGGAUUGAAAAUCAUCCGGAGACGCUGCAAGCCGUACUAGAUUUUUUAUUGUGCUCCUUGCAGCAGAAAAAUGGUUUGGCUGCCGCUGCCGCCAUUGCUUUGACCUCAAUUUGUUCGUCCUGCCGGCAAAAAAUGACGUGUCACAUUUUUGGACUGGUGAACAUAGCUGGAAGUUUAGAUAGUUUCGAAAUCAACAAUGACUUGGCGAUAGGAUUAUUGAAAGGCAUUUCGCUCAUAUUAUCGCGUCUGCCUAGAAAUCAAUUAGAUACGGCUAUGCGCGAGAUAAUAAGAUUUCAAUUAGAACCUUUAGCGGAGCUAGUGAAAAGUGGGCCUGUCGCUGUAGUUUGCAAGGGUGAGCGGACAGAUCCCGCUUAUUGGGUGGAUAGAGCCUGUGCUGUUAUACGCCAUACUAAUCCUGAUGUCAGCACCGACGAAAUGCAUCCCACCUUACAGAUUCUGAAUGAGGCUUGGCCUUUGAUUUCCCAAAUAAUGGAUAAAUAUCAAACGGACGUAAGAGUGAUGGAGCGCACUUGCCGCCUAAUACGCUACAGUGUGCGUAUGGUACGAAAACAAGCGUCAUUGUUGGUAGAGCCUUUAAUUAACCAAAUGGUUUGCUUGUACACUUUACAUCAUCAUAGUUGCUUUCUGUAUUUGGGCUCAGUAUUUGUAGAUGAAUUUGCCAAAGUUGACGAAUGCAUAAACGGGCUCUUGGCAAUGCUAAAGGCGUUUAUUGAGCCCACGUUUAAAAUGUUGCAAGUAGAGAAUGGUUUAAAAAACAAUCCAGACACUGUGGACGACUUUUUUCGCUUGUGUUCGCGUUUCAUAGAUUGUUGUCCGUUACCCUUCCUACAAAGUGCACUGGUUACGCCCAUAUUUCAAUGCGCAUUGCUUGCCUGCACUUUAGAUCAUCGUGAAGCGAAUUCUUCGGUCAUGAAAUUUUUUUGCAAUCUUCUAAAAUGGGGACGCAGUAAUAAUUAUCGCUUGUCAGAAUGCAAGCCAUUGGUGGCGGAAAUCGCUCAACAAAAUGGAGAAGCCCUAGUUAUGAAUCUUGUACACGCCUCAGUAUUUUGUUUGCACUCGUAUAUGUUGCCUGAUGUAGCAGAAGUUUUGACAGAACUCAAGGCUGUUGUGACCAGCGAACAGAUGGAAUCAUAUCUUAAGACGGCUCUGGAUGCUUUGCCAAGGAAAAAUUCAGGAGGCUACGUAACCGCCACCCAGCUGCAAUUAGAUGAAUUUUGCAAUACGGUCAUGAGAGCUACUGCUCCGAAAUCCGUGACCGUGGCCUUGAAAACAUUUACUCGCUUAUUCCGUUAAAAUCUUAUCUUCUUUUAUGCUGAACUAUUAAAUUAAUUAUUACGCUACAUGAAAAUAAUUAUGACUGCCCAUGAUGUGUAUUUUUAUCCGCAGGCACUUUAAUUUUUAUUACAAUAAUUAUUACCUUUAUUGAUUACUCUUAAUUUAUAAAAACAAAC